AUGCAAGAUGCGGGCGCCACAAGCCUGUGCCGAGACCACCACUGUGCCGAGAAAGGCUCUGAGAUGAAAAUUUUGUUUAAAGUGGCCCAGAGGGCCAGCGCCAGAGCGGUCUCCAGAGGGCACCAGGGCAGAGCCCACAGCAGGGACAGCCCCGAGAACAAGCCGGUUCCGAGGGACUCCCCACAACUGAAUUGCCGGGGGCUGCAAGUUCAGUUUGAACGGCAUUUCUCAACUCGAUCAGACCUGAAGUCUCCUUUUCGUAACUAA